AUGAUUAUUAUCAACGGAACGAUCAAUCCCUUACGCGAUUUGUACUAUCAAAUGGGGGAGCGCAAUUUUGUGGAUUUCAAAGCUGCGCACAGUCAAAUUUCCAAAACACUGCCGAACCCUGAAUUGUGGGAAAUAUCGAGUACUGUUAAUGUAUUGUUUAUGCCUAACAAUGGUGAACUACCUGAGAAACAACUUCACUUACUUCGCCAUCCAAAGACGGGUAAUGCAACAUUAUAUGCAAUUGGAAGUGAUAGAGUAGAAGAAUUAUUGAAAUUUGAUGACGGUUUCAGGUCAGUUCUGCUUGGUAAUAAUGUAGUUAGCAAUGGCUCAUUGGUUUUAUUAGUACCAGUGAAUCCUGCGCUGCUCUUGUUGCCUUACUUGCAAAAAUAUGCGAAGGAUGAUUACGUUUCAUUGAAGGAUAUUUUAGUGGAUGAUUGUUUUCCAUCCAUAAAAUUGCUUGAGAACGUUAAAGCUGUGAAAACAUCGUUGAAACAUGCUUGCCACUGUAAAGAAUCAAAUUUUGACUCUACUGUUUGCGGCAUGUUGGAGGAGAACCUUCCAGAUGAUAUACUGAGGUUGGUAGAAAUCUGUUUUAUCCCCGAGGGGAAUGAAGACUCUCCACCGAAUAAACGUCAAAAAAAUCAGGAUUCUGAAAGCAGGGAAAGGAGAGAUGAAUUAACUGGAAGUGAUAUCAGACCACUACAAGAAACGGAUUCACUAGCUGCUGAAGUGCCGAUCAAAUAUACUCGCUUAAGAAAUGGCAAAAUAUUUACUUAA